CGUCAAAAGCGACUCACGGGCUCCAAGUCAAUGAGAUCAAGGGCAGUAAUUCAUAGAGGACGGUCCUCACAUCCCCAUCCUCAAGUUUUGUGGUGUUACAUGUUUUAUCUGAGGUAAACUACGGGGAGAGCUUCAUCUGUAGGACGUUUCUCAGUAAUUAAUCACCAUCAAAGAAAAUCCGUCCGGGAAACAAGGGACCGACACAAAGUUUCUCUAUACACCUUCCUCUCACACACACGCACACUUGAAGACCGAGAAUAAUCGCUCUGAAAGCAUGGAGCCCGCCGAGAUGAACACUAUCCCCAAUGGAAAGGGGCACGAAGCUGGUGAGGAGACAACUGCAACUGCAAUAAAAAGCCAAUCAGGAGAUGCAGCUCAGGAACUUGUACCAAAUAGCACUGAAAAUGCCAGAACUCCAGGUAAUGCAGAGGCAAACCUGGCAGAAAGCUCUGAGUUCCUGUCCAAUGCAGAUGACAAGAAAACUCCUCGCUUCACGGAUUUUGAGGGAAAGACUUCUUUUGGGAUGUCCAUCUUCAACUUGGGAAACGCCAUCAUGGGAAGUGGAAUUUUGGGAUUAGCGUAUGCAAUGGCCAACACGGGCAUUGUCCUCUUUAUAAUUCUCCUCACUGCUGUCGCUGGUCUGUCUUCAUAUUCCAUUCACCUGCUGCUAAAAUCUUCAGGCGUUGUGGGCAUUAGAGCUUAUGAACAACUGGGCUACCGAGCCUUCGGCACACCAGGCAAGAUGGCUGCCGGCAUUGCGAUCACCCUGCAGAAUAUUGGAGCCAUGUCCAGCUACUUGUACAUAGUAAAGUAUGAGUUUCCACUGGUUAUCCAGGCUUUUCUCAAGGUGGAUAAUCCAUCAGGGGAGUGGUAUUUAAAUGGCAAUUACCUGGUCGUCAUUGUAUCAUGCAGUGUCAUCUUGCCGCUGGCUUUAAUGAAGCAGCUCGGGUACCUGGGCUACACCAGCGGUUUCUCUCUCAGUUGUAUGGUCUUCUUCCUUAUUGCGGUGAUCUAUAAGACGUUCCAGGUCAAAUGUCCUUUUGAUGACUAUGCCCAUAACAGGACAGUGUUGGGCUUUAACACGAGUGUGGCGGCUGACCCCGGAGGAGUGGCAAUGACCCCUGAGGGUGACCCUGCCUGCACCCCCCGCCUCUUUAACCUCAACUCACAGACGGCCUACACGGUUCCCAUCCUGGCGUUCGCGUUCGUGUGCCACCCCGAGGUGCUGCCAAUUUACACAGAGCUACGCAACCCCACAAAAACAAAGAUGCAACACAUUUCCAACAUCUCCAUUGGAGUCAUGUACAUCAUGUACCUCCUGGCUGCUCUGUUCGGAUAUCUGACCUUCAUUGAUAAGGUGGAAGCUGAGCUGUUGCACACCUACAGUCGAAUAGACCCGUACGACACACUCAUCCUGUGCGUUCGUCUGGCUGUGCUGACUGCCGUCACACUCACUGUGCCCAUCGUGCUGUUUCCUGUAAGGAGAGCAAUUCAGCAGUUGUUCUUCCCAAAUAAAACUUUCUGGUGGCCACGUCACAUUGCCAUAGCUGUCACCCUCCUCACCAUCAUCAACUUACUGGUCAUCUUCGCCCCGAACAUCCUGGGCAUCUUCGGAGUCAUCGGUGCCACGUCCGCGCCGUGCCUCAUCUUUAUAUUUCCGGCUGUGUUUUACAUCCGCAUUGUUCCCAAGGAAGAGGAACCUAUGCGAUCAGCGCCGAAAAUCCUUGCUGCUUGCUUUGCCUUUUUAGGAGUCCUAUUUAUGGUAAUGAGCCUCGGCUUCAUCAUCAUUGAUUGGACAUCAGGGACCAGCAAAGGAAGCAGUGGUCAUUAGGCCUCACCCUCUAAUGGUUUAUGCUUUUUAAUAUUACUUUCGGGUCAGUAGUUGGGGAGGAUGCAUAAUCUCUCAGUGAUCAGUCACAAGAGUAGUACCAGAUUCCUAGCUUGAAUUGCAUUCAAUCAAUGCAUUAUUUAGCCGUGUGACCUGCAUGUGCUGUAAAUGGGGUUUUGACCCAUCUCAGGCCAGCAUUAAUAAAUCCAUUUAAAGGCCAUCCACUUCCAAAAAGGAGUGGAAAUAGUUUGUUUUAAAGCAGGGAGAAGACAACCAGAAAAGAUAAUCAGAACUAGAAAAUGAAAGCCCAUGAUAGUUAGUUUGUGCCAUAGUAACAGCACAUGCAGUAUGCAGGGUUUACAAACAAAAGGGAUUAUGCAUUCUAACCGAACAGACUCAUCAGCUCGCCCAACCUCCCAUCCAGCCCUUCAUAUUAUGACCUUUGACGUCUGUCCUUCGGCCGCAUUCACAAGAGAUUAGAAAUCACAGUAAGUGCUCAGUUCUUAUGGGAGGAUUGGUGGUUAUUAAAGUGUUUAUUUCAUCAUAUCUCAUCUUAGAUAUAGCAAUACUCUGUGCAAUAGCUGUGAGAUAUCUGACACUGAAGGCCGUUGAGAGGAGACACAUGACCUCGUCCAAAAUCCAGACUUGAUUUGGCUGCAGUCUAUUACACAAUUUCAAAUUUAUGCAAAUUGUACGUAUAGAUGUACAUGUCACAUUUUUAUAUGGAUUUAUAAUGUUUAUCCUUUCUACAAUAUUUAGAGAUAAAUAUAUUAGUAGAUAUAUGAACACACAUAUAUAUAUAUAUAUAUAUAUAUAUAUAUAAAAGAGUAUUCCGAUUCAUCUGGUAUUCACAAGGUUAUCCAUCACAUCCCUUUACAGUAUUUGUGACUAUUCAGCUAAGAUGCCGUCUUUAAAGAUUUAGAUUUAAAAAGACAGAAUUAUUCAAGAUGAAAGGCACAUUUGAAAUAUUCUUCUUUUUUUAGGAAUACUACUGUUGCGAUGGGAAAGCACAGAUUGGAAAGCACAGUUAAUCAUAGGGUCAGGUUUUAAUGAUCCCAUGAGUCCUGCUGACAGACUGAUUUUGAAACACUCUCUGGAUUUAUAUGCAGAGAAAACCAAAAACACAGAUUCACAGGGUCUUCUCCUUAACUGGGGAAACAAAUGUGGUGCAUUGAUGCACAUAAAUGUUUUAGUUACAGGGCAAAAUGGCAUACAUGUGGUAACCUUGCCCGGUGGAAGCUGAUCGGUUUUGCUUCUAGAUAGGCUUUAAAAAAAGAGGCUAUUAACCCAAGUAGACAGAUGAUUUUGGAGACUGGUUCCCGCACAGGAUCAUUCGGCGAUUACGGAAUCCUUAAACUAUAGCACUUUCAGUUGAAGCACAACCUCCGCUCAAUCUCCUGACCUAGUGACCCAGUUAUGAUUCAUGACAUAAUCAUAGAUUAAUAUAUUUUGUAGACAGAUAUAUGAACAAAACCUAUGUACUACUAACUGUAAAUUGUUCAAAGAAAAGAGUAAUGUGUGGACGUCUAACAUGGUACAUGCAUAUUUUAAAAUUUGUAAUUGAAACUCAUCCUAAAAACAAACAAACAAA